UAUUUUAUAUUAUCACAUUUACGGAUUACUGGCAAUUCUCUAUAACAAUUGCGAAUUAUUUCAUAAUCAUUAAGACAUAUAAAAGUAAUCCUGAUACACCCUAACCUUUACUAAUACAUCUUGAUGCAACAGAAGCAUGCACUGUAAAAAAAUCAUAUAAUUCAUUCAAAUAUUUCCACACAUGAUGAAGCGCAAAUAUCAACAAAAUGAUUCCAAAACACUUCUACAAAAUCCCCAAAAUUUAUGUCAAACCCUAAUGUUUUAUCACAUAAACAUAGUAACACAGUGAUUUCUAUUAGUUUCCUUUUGAAUUCAAUUCCAUUGAAAUUUCUGAGAUUUACCUUGCACUUUGCACCAGUAUUUUGUAACAGUGCGUUCGACUAGAGCAUUAAAUGUAAACAAAAGUAUAGGUCAAAAUGUAGAAUGUGUGGUGUGAAACAAAGUCCAGUAGUUUAAACUCUAUUGGCGAUUUGCUGCAAAGCUCAACUUGAUCAUGCGACACCUACGAUUCAGCUCAUGAACUAACAAAGUGAUACAGUUUGUUUUCAUACACUCGUAAUUGAAUCGUAGCUUCCAACAAAAUUUCAAUUUUAUGCUCGAAAAAGCAUUACCAGUACCAAAAUAUGCAUGAAAUGGCUGGAAACCGAGACCCAAUCAAGACCAAUAUUAAACUCCUUGAUAUUUUGGACUACGUAGGAGAUUCUGUUAGACCUAUCAGAGAAAGAUCUGCUGUGUAUGAUGCAAAGCAUGUAGUUUGUAUAGGUUAUACCAGAAAAAUUGAUAACAAAGUUUGCAUCAAAGGCUACGUAACACAAUCUUCUCACCCUGGUAACAUGCCGCAUGAAGUCAGCUUAAGGAUAACAAAUAAUGUUUCUGAAUGGGCCCUUUGCUGCUCAUGUAAAGCAGGAACCGCUCGGUGCAAACAUAUAGUGGCUUGUCUACUUCAUCUAAACCGAUCUGAAGAAAUAGAAUAUCUGUCUUGCACUGACACGCAGCAAGCAUGGGGGAUUCUAAAAACAGAGAAAAUUGGUUCAUGGGGCGCGAAAAAAGUUACUGAGCUUUGCUGUUCCAAAACACCUACUCGUAUUCUUCCCACUGAUCCAGAGCUUAGAGAUGCGAUCGUGAAGGAGUCUUUCACGAGGAUAUUGAACGAAAAUAUAUGCACUAUGACAGAAAAGAAGGAAAUCAGCAACACUUUGCUUCCAGCGCUAUCUAUGAGCGGUUUUAACGUAGAAUCGCCAAUAACGACUUGUAAAUUGCUAAAAUGGGAGAAUCAAGUGCAAAAGAACUUACGCUAUGGAGAAGUGUGUCAGUUUGCAGUUCAAAAAUUUGGAUUUCUACUUGGUGUGUAUAAUGAUCCGUCCGUCCGGGAGGUGGUCCAGUAGAGGCAGUCAGGAACUCCAGAUACUUGAAAAUCACCCGCAGUUUACUGGAUUGUUCCGAUAAUGCUUUGGGAUAAAAUAGACUGACAUGUCAGGCUGAUUUGUUGUAAUGUGCGACGUGUUCUGCAUUGAAGGAGCUCAAGCUUGACAAACGGUUCUGAAUCACUGGUGGAAUGAUGAUAGCAAAGUCGUUGGAUU